AUGCCCUCUAACGGCCCUCGCUUCGCUGGCUCCAAGUUCCAGCAGCAGUUCACCCGCUUCCAGCCGAAGGCCAUCUCUGUCGCUCGCUCGGCUCCGCGUCAGCAGGGAGGAUGGAAGAACGCGUACAUGUACACCAUUGGCCUCGGCGUCGCUGCCUACACCUUUGCGCCCCGCAAGGUGCGGUUAGACUCGGCGUACGCCAACCCUCCCGUCGUGGAGCGCAAGACUGUUGUCGUUGAGGAUGAGCCUCCUGUUGAGAGCUCUGUCAACCUGACUCAGCUCACGUUCGGAACUGUCUGUGGUAUCUGUGCCGGUGUCUUCGUCAAGAAGGGUUUCAAGGCUCUCGCCUUCCUCCUUGGUGGUCUUUUCGUCCUUCUCCAGUCCAAGUCGUACGUCAAGGUCGACUGGGCUAAGGUCAACAAGUCCUACGACGGUCUUCUUGGUCAUGUCGACGAGAAGGGUGUCGUUUCGUACCCCACCGUCCAGAGCGUCUUCCAGGGCUUCGUUGACUUCCUCACGGCCAACUUCCAGCUCAUCCCCAGCAAAGGCAACGCAGUCAGCCGUCAGCGUUCACAUGCACUGGGCUCCGGUUCGUUAGCGACCUGUACUACGACCAUGCAUCAGCUGGACGACUGCGAACGGCUUGAGUCUGGGGACCCCGCCUCUGCCGAUCGACGUCACGUCAAUCGUCGAGCGUCAACUUUCGAACCGUCCAUCCCAUCACCUCACCCGACCAUGCAGCCGCCACCCGUCCCGCCCUUCCGCAGACCCGGACCACCAGGACCACCUGGAGCACCUGGAGGCCCAGGAAUGAUGCGAUCGCCAGCAGUCCCGGGAGCACGACAACAGGGCGCGCCCGCAGGCGGCGACGACGCGAUCCGGGCGACAGACGACGACGCCGCGCUCUCGCGUAUCUCUGCCGUGCAAGCUGGAUACUUGGAGGACCCAUUUGCGAGUGUUGUUUACAAGCUUAAGCUGGGCGAGAGGGCAAAGAAGGCACCGCUCAUCAACGUCGGAACGCACCACCGCACCUGGGCGCUCGACGCGGUCAUCGACUCGUUCACAAGAGGGCAGGCGAAGGCGCAGAUCGUAUCGCUGGGAGCAGGGAGCGAUACGCGAUUUUGGCGCAUGAAGAGCAAACCGUCCGAAUGUGAGAUCAAGUACGUCGAGGUCGACUUUCCGCACUUGACGGCGGCAAAGGCGCAGCGAGUCGCGCGUAACCGUCAUCUGGCCGAGGCGCUUGGUCCCGGUCCGAAACCGUACACCGUCGCGCACGGAGGCGCGGCCCUUCACUCAUCUCACUACGACCUGGUGCCGGUGGACCUACGCAACAUCGCCGCGCUCGAGACAGAGCUCGCGCCGCUUCUUGACACCUCAGUACCGACGCUGUUGAUCUCGGAAUGCGUGUUCUGCUACAUGACGCCCGCGCAGGGCGACGCGGUAAUGAAGUGGUUCUUGGAACGCUUUCCGCAGACGGCCGCCGUAGCGUACGAGAUGGUCGGGCUGAAAGUCAUGAAGCGUAACCUCGCCGCGCGGAAUCUGAGCCUUCCCGGAGCCAUGGACAGCCAGGACGCUUAUGCCCAGCGACUGCGCGGGCUUGGGUACGAAGACGCAGGGGCUAGGAGUCUGUGGGAAGUGCGCGAGAGUCUCGUGCCGAAGGAGGAGCUGGCGAGAAUAUCCAAGCUGCAGAUUUUGGACGAGAUCGAAGAACUCCGUCUCGUGCUCUCGCAUUACUGCGUCGUAUGGGCGAGCCGAGGCAUGAGCGGUGUGGGCCUCUGA